CGACGCUUCGGCAGUCGUUCUCCAGCCUGCGAGUCGCUAGCAUCAACGAGCAAAGUGCAACGUUUUUUUCGGUCGUUUGCCGACAUUAAGCUUCAAUCGCAAGAACAUAAUCUAAAAUGGCCAUUGUCAUCUCGAGACACACAGCUAUUAAGCUCCUUGAGCUGGUUUUAGUAUGUAUCCUGAUUGGGAUUUAUCUGAACGAACCGGCUGGCACCGUCAGUCAUAGCUUUUUAGCUUCAGGAAGUUUCUUGGGCUAUCUUAUCAUUCUCGUUGGUGUAUUCGCUGGUGGAGUAAUGGGCACUCCAGUCAACCGCCGUGUUGACUUGUUCUACUGCUUGAUCGGUUGUGCUCUGUUCAUUGCUGUUGGAGCAAUCUGGCUUGACAAAUACAGCGGAAGUGGCUCUCAGAAAUCUAUUGGCUACAUUUCCAUCAUCGAAGGUGUUGUCUUCUUAGUCGACGCUGUUUUGGUCUUCAGAAACGAGCCAUAAAGCGAGCAACAGACUAACCAAACAACCUCAACAAAUCUAUAUACGAUUUGCACCUCAUUUUUGAAGAUUAAGAUAUUCUACAGAAUUUCUUUGCUAACUUGCUAAAAUUAUCAAAUUUGGUAUGCAAUUAUUAGUUGAAAAAUUCAAGCAAUAACACAAAAAUUCUAUAUUUUUUGUUGCCAUUGCACUGCCAGUGAAAUCUUCUGAUUUAUAAUACAUUUAACGGAAAGUUAAAGUGAUCUUCAAAAGAUUUAUAAAGUGUAAUUAUUGAAUUACGCAUGAUUUUACUAUACUUAAGAAAAAUUGUCAACUAGAAUGUCUUUCCGUAAGCGUUAUCAAAAAUGCAUAUUUAUUAUAUAAGCACAGUGUCAAGGGGCUGCUGCCAUUACCGGAACAUACGGCCAGUAACUCUUAAGAAUUUAUUUUUGUAUUUUUUCAAUUAAUCAAUUUUUUUAAUUUUCCAAAAAAAAUAUUGUAAAAUAUUAUUCUUUUUCACCAAUUGAACAAUUAGCUUAGAAGUAAGUUCUAAAAUAACUUCUGUCGAACAGUACAAACUUUAUAAUUUUACUAUUGUGACCAAUAAAGAUCAAUAUUUUUUUACAUUUAUAUAGCAUGCUUUAGUGAAUAAUAAUACCGAAGACCAAUUAGAAUAAAGAUUAGCAUGAACAUCAACGUAGGCCUGAAUAUUCGGUUGUUCGCAGUCCCUUUCGUAAAGUAACUGUCAGUUCAAUCGUAUAAUAAUCGUCAAGAGUAUUAAACUUCAUUUAUAAAGCUAUUAUAUAUGUUAACAGUAAUAUAAGAAAUCAUUUCUGUCAUCGUGUAAAUUAAGAUAAUUGUCAUUUAUUAUUGUCGCACAUUGUAGAUUUUAAGUGCAAUUUACUAAGAGGCAGUCAAGUUUGAAAAUUGUCUUAUGUCAAUUUCAGCAGAAAAAAUCAAGAUAUUUUUACCUUGUAUACAAGCGUACAUACUUUAAUCCAUCCGUUUACAGCACAAUACUCAAUUGAUUUUUUGUACCUACGCAAUGUCAAUCGCGACAUAGUUAUGCCAUACUUCUAUAUGAUUAUGAGUUACUCUAGUGUUGUAGUCGAGAACUGUUUAUCAAUUGACCCUUGAAUUUCAUCAAUAUAAUCCACAUUAUUUGUGUUUUACUAUUGUAUAUUUUUGAUUGUAAUACUGGCAGGCUUCAAGUAAUAAAUGUCCACAAAAUU